UUCCAACCCCUGUGCUGGGGAUCAGAGCACAAAGCAGCCUUGCCUUGUAUCCCCAUUCAGGGCAGGCAGAGCACAGGGAACUUCUUGCAUGGGAUGUUGCAGGGCAUUGCCAUCAGUUAAUGAAAAGCUGUUGAAGCUGUGAAGCUGAAGAGAGAACAAGGACGCUCAGUGCAGAGCCCUGACCAUGGCCACCCGUCAUGUGGUGACGAUCCAGCCCGGCUUCUCUGCGUCCCCACAGCCCGGCAGCUGGAACACAGGGCUGCUGGACUGCAUGUCUGACUGCGGUGUAUGCAUCUGUGGAGCCUUCUGCUAUCCCUGCCUGAGCUGCCAGGUGGCCAGUGCUAUGGAUGAGUUCUGUCUGUGCGGCGGCAGCGUGGCCAUGCGGACACUGUACCGCACCCGCUACAACAUCCCGGGCUCCAUCCUGGGUGACCACUUCUCGGUGCUGUGCUGCCCCUUGUGCUCUCUGUGCCAGCUGAAGAGAGACAUCGACUAUCGGAAAGCACAGCGCACCUUCUGAUGCUGCUCCCCUGCCUGUGAACCUGCCUGUGUGAACUGACGGCGCUGCCCUUUAGGACUGUUUGGUUUGAUGUGUUGUUUUUAGGGCUUUUUUUCGCCCCACUGAUUUGGUUUUUUUCCCCCCUCUUCAGUAAGGCGGUCAAUAAAUAGCAGUGCUUGCCUUCA